AGCGAAAGCUCUCGCGUGUCCUUGUCCCGAAAUAAAAGAAAAGAUUUUGACACCAUAGGAGAGAACGAGAGCAACUCGCUCAAGGCCGAUCGAGCUGAAGAUGAACACGGAGCAGAGCGUGGCGGUGGUGAAGCCGACGCUGGCCAAGGCGACGCCCUCGGCGUCGUUCCGGCUCCGCAACGGCAGCCUCAACGCGGUGCGCCUGCGCCGCGUGUUCGACCUCUUCGACCGCAAUGGCGACGGCGAGAUCACCGUUGACGAGCUGGCGCAGGCGCUGGACGCGCUAGGCCUCGACGCCGACCGCGCCAGCCUGGCCGCCACCGUGGGCGCCUACGUCCCCGAGGGCGCCGCGGGGCUCCGCUUCGAGGACUACGACGCCCUCCACCGCGCGCUCGGCGACGCCUUCUUCGGCGCGCUGGCGGACCAGGACGAGCAGGGUGGCGGCAAGGGGGAGGACGAGGAGGAGGAGAUGAGGGAGGCCUUCAAGGUCUUCGACGUGGACGGCGACGGCUUCAUCUCGGCGGCCGAGCUGCAGGAGGUGCUCAAGAAGCUGGGCCUCCCCGAGGCCAGCAGCAUGGCCAACGUGCGGCAGAUGAUCUGCAACGUCGACCGCGACAGCGACGGACGCGUCGACUUCAGCGAGUUCAAGUGCAUGAUGCAGGGGAUCACCGUCUGGGGCGCCUGAUGGUCGAUCAGCUCCAGCUUCUCCUGCACUGUAGGCAUCAGAAGCUAGCUCCUGAACACGGAACAAGAGAAGCUAGCUCCGUAUUUCGUCAAGAACGUACGAUCUUACUCCUAUCUAGUUGGCUGUGUGUGCGUCAGAAUGCAGGGCCUGAUCUUUGUCUUGUGGCCUUAAUGCAUUUCUAAUUGGCUAGUUGUGUGAUGUCGUUACUAAUCCAGUGGUGAUGUGAAUGCCUUCGACCUCUUGUCUCACAACCAUGCCAAUGCUAAAAAUUCGGCUUCUGUCGUCUGACACAAAAUUGUAUCAUCUAUCAAACAUGAGAGGCACAUAGCUGCUCAAUAACUCAUGUGCUGUGCAUGCUCUAUUCAAUUAUCUCAUGGUCU